AUGCAGUCCAGAACUGAUAAUGCUGAAGGGUCUGGGUUACCCACUGUGGACCCAUUUCUAAACCCCACAACUGAUGAUACAGCCUUAAUGGCCUCUGAGGAAUUCCAGAAUAUCCUGGACACUACCAUGGCUGCAUCUAUAAAUAAAGCACUGGCCUCCGCUAUGGGGGCUAUGUCCGCUUCAUUCUCCCAAACUCUCACGCAAGCGUUAUCCCAAGCUCAUAACGCACACAUAGCUACCUCUGUGGUGCAUCCCCCAUCCGCCACUGCGGACGUUGUGUCCCGCAAGGCAAAAAAUAAAACUAAGCACCUCAUCUUCCACUCCACUGAUAAGGCUAUGCCUAUAACGACUGAUCCGCCCUUGGCGAUCAAGGAGGGCGCGUUACAGCCGCGCAAAAGAGCCUCUGGCCGGGCAAAAGCGGUCAGAUCUUGGAAACGGGCACGUGCCCUAAAUGAGUGGUCGGACUCCGACCGGAGUGAAGAGGACGAGGUUCCCGACACCCCGGACUACGCCUCCUAUGAUGAGGCGGAGUCCGAGGUGGAAGGACCUGUGUUCGAAGUACGGGAGGAGUUAACCUCCACACCGCUUGUGUCAGACGCUACUCUGGAGGGCAGGAGGCGGGUCAACCCCUGUUCGACCCGGAAGGCUUGCACAACCCGCGUUCUGCGGAGUGGGAGCCACCCACACACAUAG